AUGACGUACCUGACGAGAUUGUACCCUGAGAAUCUUGGCUUCGUGAACAGUUGCCUCGUCACCAGCCUAUCGCUGGGACACAGUAUUGGUACGCUACUGUCUGGAGUUCUGUACGACGUGGGUGGAUUCAAUCUACCUUUCAUCGUCACUGGGGCAAUAGCAUUUCUGGUCUCGGCGGGUGUGGCAGUAUUUCUUGUGGAUAGUGAUAAGCUGGAAAAGGAAGAGCAAAAGCAGCCGGAGAAAACCGGCAAUGCUCGGGAAGCAGCUGCCGUCGCGGAGACACACCUCGGUACGUUUGCUGUCCUCCGCGUGCCAUGGGCAUUAUAUCUAUUGUUUCUCGCUAUCGCCGCCACGUUUGCAUAUAGUGCCCUGGAGGCUGUUCUCAGUCGUGAAAUGUCAUUGCGGCUGGGUGUGAGCACCACUGUGAUCGGUGUCGCUCUCUCCUUUCUCUUUAUCCAGGGUGCGCUCUUUGGGCCGAUCGGCGGCAAACUUCUGGAUAAGGGUAUUGAUCGUAACGUCACAUUCAGCGUUGGCUUAGUGUUGAUGGGGCUGGGCUGUCUGUUGGUUGGUCCGGCUUCUUUCCUUCACCUGCCACAUUCACUGCCUCUAGUGAUAGUAUCUCUAUUUGUGUUCGGAGUUGGACGUAUUAUUUCUGUGAUGACCGUGCAUGUUGCUCUGGCAGAACACCUGCGUGACAUUGGAGUUGGUACGGUCGUGGAGACCCGCGUACCCGUAUCCGGUCUCACCAGGGUAUUCCUAUCCAUUGGGUUUAUGUGCGGCCCGUUAGUGGUGAGUCCUCUGGUGGCCGUGCUGGGUUUUCAAGCUGCCUUCACAGGCCUAGGGUUGGUGUACGUUUUCCUUGCCGGCCCUUUGCUACUUAAAGCUGCUGCAGGUUCACGCAUACUGGAGAGGUUAAUGGCUUGUAUUUGUACGUUGUAUCGGAAUCGUGUCGAUGUUAAUGACAGCAAGACUCAACAGCCCAUUGACGAUAUCACUGAGCUCCAGCCUCUAAAACACUGA